AUGGCACAAGCUUCGAACUUGAGUGAUUCAUAUGAUGGACAAUGUCACUUUGUCAACCAUAACUACAACUUUAGGCCCAACAACAACUUACCGACAUACUAUCAUCCUGGGCUCUGCAACCAUGAGAAUUUCUCUUAUGCCAACAACCGGAAUGUUUUACAACCAACCCUGGAGUCAAGUAAACCGGAAAUGGAAAAGCCUUCCUCAUCACUUGAAGAGCUUUUGAAGACGUAUAUUGUGGAUUUUAAGGCUCGCCUUGAUCAACAUGACACACGUCUCAACAACAUUGAAACACACUGCACCAACUUGGGGGGCACUAUGAAGGCACUAGAAACACAAGUUGGCCAAUUGGCUAAUGCUAUAAAAUGGCAAUCAUCAUGGUCCUUCCCGAGCGACACCGAGAAGAACCCAAAGGAGUGCAAGGCCAUCAAAUUGAGGAGUGGCAAAGAGCUUGAAGGCCCGAGUGUUCAAAAAGCCAUGGUUGAUGAUGAGCCUACCAAGAGCAAUGACAACAGUAAGGAUAAGUCAAUAGAGGAAAACCUGAAGGCCAAGAAGGAACCACCGUCCCCCAUUGCCAUUCCUCAACGGUUCCAGAAGAAGGCGCUUGACGAGCAAUUUGAGAAAUUUCUCAAUAUCUUGAAGAGGAUCCACAUCAACAUCCCUUUCGUGGACGCUCUCAAGCAAAUGCCAAACUAUGCCAAAUUUAUGAAGGAGGUGAUGUCCAAGAAGCGCAAACUCGAGGACUAUGAGACAGUGAAGCUUACAGAAGAAUGUAGCGCUAUCAUAAAGAGACAACUACCAGAGAAAUUGAAGGAUCCGGGAAGUUUUACCAUCCUAUGUGCAAUUUGCGGGUCAACUUUUGAGAGAGCUCUUUGCGACCUAGGAGCUAGCAUAAAACUCAUGCCUUUGUCGGUGUUCUGA